CAUGACACAGAGAAUAGACACAUUACCAAACAGGAAGUUAAGUUUGACAGUUCGGUCGCAGAGUGAGUCAAAAUCAACUGGUUGUUUUGUUAAUACUAUCACGAUAUUAAUGUGCAUUUGAUGUGUUUACAAAUAUAUGUUGAAGCUUACGAAUAAAGAAUAAAAAUGUCGGGAUUUUUGGAUAACUGCCACCUGCCAAAUUGUGAAUGUAUUGAGCUUGGAGAACGUAGGAAUAUGGUUGCAUCUAUCAUUUCUGGAUUGCUGUUCUUCAGUGGAUGGUGGAUUGUGAUAGAUGCUGCAGUGAUGUACCCAGAUCAGAGUGAUUUUCAUCAUGCCUGCCAUACAUGUGGAGCUAUAGGAACGGUAGCUUUCUUUUUAAUAAAUUCAGUGUCCAGCGGACAGAUACGAGGUGAUUCUUACAGUACAGGGUGCCUGGGUCAAAAUGCUGCACGUGUUUGGUUAUUUUUGGGAUUCCUGCUUGGAUUUGGAGCUCUCAUUGCAGCCUCUUGGAUCUUGUUUGGUGUCUAUGUUGUUCCUGGGGACAAACCAGAAUGGCCAGGCAUUGCAACAUUUCUUCAAAAUGCACUGAUAUUUUUCAGUGCGAUGGUGUUUAAAUUUGGCCGGGCUGAGGACCUCUGGGAAUAGCAAUCCUUCUACUAACAGCUAGCCUCUUGUUCUACAUAUUCACUGAUAUUCAAGUUUGGAAGGACAGAGGAUUUGUGGCAGUAGAAGGCUGGAUUAAGAUAUCAUCUGUGUUGUGCUGUAUCAUGAUAUCAUCCGUGUUAAGUUGUACCUGAAUAAUAUCCUCAUUGUUUUAAUGUCCAGAUCUGAGUUGCUUGAAUUAGGUGACUGAUUUGCACUAUAGUGAAGUAUAUGACCGUAAUUUGGUAAAAUAGUUUGAAAUGGUAAAUUCAUUUGUAUAUGUUCAUUACAUGAGGUAACUUAGGAUUACUGUAGUUCAGAUAUAUGUUGAAGUUUUGUUAGAGUUUCUGUAUGAAACACAUGCUGGUGCACAUUGAGGUCCGUUUGUCUGUUCAACUGUAUCCUUGACAAUGAGUAUUAUGUUUAUAUUUAUGUAAGAUGACAUAGAUGUUUAGCAGUUUCAGCUUACUUUUGUUUCAAAAAUAUAUGUGUAUAUUCUUAUAUCUGUAUUAUGAGCUUGCAAUGUCUUUAAGUGGUUGAACUUUGAAAGCUUAUGUUGCACAUAAUGCAAAGUACGACUUUUUUAAACCAUAGCAAUGUAAAGAUAAUAUCAAAAGUGCUAUAUAUAAGUAUUGUUUGUUGAUAUUUUAUGAGUGUUAUGUAAGGUACAGCUAAAUCCUUAAAUGAGCCAUGCCAUGAGAAAACCAACAUAGUGGGUUGGCGACCAGCAAGGAUCCAGACCAGCCUGUGCAUCCGCGCAGUCUCGUCAGGAUCCUUGCUGUUCGCUAACAGUUUCUGUAAUUGCUAUAGGCUCUGAAAGCGAAUAGCAUGAAUCCUGACCAGACUGCGCGGAUGCGCAGGCUGGUCUGGAUCCAUGCUGGUCGCAAACACACUAUGUUGGUUUUCUCAUGGCACGGCUCAAAUACUGUAUAAAAUUUUACUGUGUUGCAAAGGCACAUGAAGGCAGUAGAUAAAUACACAGAACUCACUUAAUCUGUUUUUUUUCCUGCUUAUUUACAAAUAGUUACAAAACUGAAGAACUUUCUAAAUUAAAGAAAAAUAUAAAUAAAAUCUAAAAGUAUGAAAUUUGUUCAGUAAUUUAUAAAUGGUUGCUAACAGGAGGUAUAAUAGUCAUGUAAAUACACAGUGCAAGCAUAGAGUGUAAGUGGUGUCACAAUAUUAUAAAUGAAUAUUUGAGUGCAAAAUUAUGAUAUAUUCAUUCGAUUCUCUGUUAUUUUUCUACUGUUUUUUCCCCGUAUUUUUUCUUUAUUUGUAUGUAUGAAUCGAUAGAAUGGUUUGUUUAAAAUAAUUGCGUUGUUCAUGAGUAAAACUUAUUGAAUGUGACCUAUACAAAAAGAGUUACCUUGCAGAAUGACCUGUUAAGAUUUAUUGAGAAUUGAUUAAAUCCCGGUUAUUCUGACAGUGAUGUAUUAAGGAGUGACAUGUUUAAAGGAAGGAAAAGAGGUACUGUACAAACAGAUAAUCCUGCGGGCAUAUCUAUUCUUUAACCCUUACCAUGCUGAACAUGAUUGAUUCUGCCUUUGCAACCAGUGUAGAUCAUGAUCAGCCUGCACAUCCAUGCAGUCUGAUCAUGAUCUGCACUGUUCGCUGUUCAGCCAGUAUCUUUUUGGUAAGCACCCCUUUUAACAGUUAAUGAUACUGUCAAAAUUGGAAGAUGGACUAGUUCAUUACAGAAAGCAGGGUAAGGGUUAAAAUAGAAGUAAGUUUAAACAAGGUUUUAAUCUUCGUAAUACAUCACUAAGAAUAUACUAGUUACUAGUACUAGUAAUGUGACUGGUCUGUGAUGCAGUUAGCCUGUCGUUAGCCUGUCAUUUCAUAUGAAUAUUUGAUAUCGAGAAUUAACCUGUAAAAUUACACAGUUGUUUAGAACACAUUUUAGGUUUUAUGUAUCUUUAUUAUGUUGUUGAUAUUGUUUUCCUUUUAUUAGAAAAUAAAAAUAUGGAGAAAUGUGA